AAAUUCUAGGAAAGUUAAACUUCUCACAUCCCAAUACCAACCACAAGUUUAAUACCCGUUCUCAAACAACUCAACUAUCCCAACCAAUAAAUCGAUUCCAACCGAAAGCUUUCAUUUUCUCAACAUCCGUUUCCGCCGUCUCUCUCUCUGUUUCUCCCAUCCAGAAUCGGACGACUCGCCGGGAAUGUACCUCCGGGAUGACUUUCUCGGUCGGCCCACGGAACUACGUGCCCCGACGGCGGAACGUGCCGCCCUCUUCCUCGAUCUGGCCCUGUCCGGCCGGGCGCAGGGCAGCAGUAAUUUCGAACCGGCACUAAUUUAUACGCUGCACGUCUACCAGUACAGUUUGUCUGGCAAACGGGGAGUGGAAGGUGGCAGAAGUCGAUUGCAUCUAAUCGAUCUUGGAGGCUGUGCCAAUCGGAGUGGGGGACUUCCGCUGUCUGGGAUUGGGAAUGUGCUGCUGGCGAUUCUCAGUGGUCAGAAACAUCCACCCAACAGAGACCAUCCGUUGACGCCGCUGCUGCGAGAUUGCUUGGCUCCGUUGACCUGUCACGUGGCGAUUGUUGCCCAUGUGGCCCACUCUCAGUCACAUACCGACACGUUAACGACGAUCCAGUUGGCCUCCCGUAUUCAUCGGCUUCGUCGGCGGAAACCUCGACAUCAUCUGUUCGCCGGGAGGGCGGCAGAACUUGCAGGGUCGUCCGGUCAUCAAUCAGGGGGUUCUUCAGAGGGCCCAGAUCCAUCCAGUUCCGACUUUUCCCAGGAUACCGUAAUUUAUGUAGGUCCAUGUGAUGACGCAACUGAUGGUGAACAUCCACCGGUCUACCUGCCAAGUCUCAACUCCGGUGAUAACCGCUGUGCCAUGAAUAAAGUCCUUAAAGGUUCAGCGGCGGAGAAACCCACCUCAACUCCCACAGCCUCACCACAGAAAAAGAAAACUUCUUCCACAUCCAAGCGUAAGAGCGACACCCUUCCCCAUCCCGGGAGAAUUAGUUUGUUCAAACCCGAUUCUUACCUCCUUACAGCUCAAAAUCCUGCCCCAGCACCGAUCCCCACUCGUACCGAUAGUCUUAAGAGGAAUCAAACGUACAAUCAACAAUCCGUCGCUGCGGGACCAGAGCUGGUGGCCAAUGCCAUCCAGAUCGCUUCCCAGCAUGCCUCUCCUAAAAUUGUUGCCGGAGCCUUCAAACACGUGACCGGCGUUAGUAGAGGCUCCAACAUACCUACACCCAAAGGUUCACCCAUGAGACGACCUAUUCCUGCUGCGGCUUCCACUUCAGCAACUGGAACUCGCGAAAGUCCAGCUAGGCAACUCGGUGAAGAGAAGUGGAUCGAUGGUCCUCGGGUAUCGAAAUCUAAGGUCCAUGAAGCUCGGCAUCUGUUGAGAGAGAUCAACCACGUCAAGAGUCAUGAAACCUGGAUUGAUGGACCUAAAACAGCUAAUGCAACCCAGGCGUUCCUUCCCCCGUCAGCGCACAGCAAUCAGAGCUACGGUUUUAUGGAUAACCACAAAAAGUCCAUGAUCCGACAAUGGGUUGAGAAUCAAUCUAUGCAGCUGUUGCAGCAGUCCGUCUCGGCCAACAAUUCUCCAGUGCACAGUAGACACCACAGUUACAACCCACCACGAUUCAAACCUAGUAAAUCCGAUGAAGACGGAUUCGUUCUCGAACUAGAACGUCAAGAAGAACUGGUGAAUCCAAUUGCGUUCCGUGGAUUCACCGCUACCAGUGGUGUCGUCAACAGUUCCGAAUGCCACGUUCGAACAGGCUUAAAGCAAGCUUACAGCUUGGACAACCCGGAUUUACAGCAGAAUGCCAGCAUACCAGUGUACGCCACGGUAACACCUUCCGCCACUAAGGCCACUACAGCAAAUGCUUCUAGUGCCACUGUCCCCUGUCCGAACCCAGCACCAACAGCAGCCGCCAUCGACAAUCAAUCGGAGAAAUCCCAUCCACCUUCGUCGCAUGCCAGUGAGAAACCCGUUAGUAAGCACGGCGACAGCCAGGAAGAAGAAGACCAGGACAGUGGACCGUCGGAAGUUCCACCAGCACUGCCAUUAAUGGACCCUUUGGGUUCACGGGAAAUCUCCCACGAAAGCAUCCAUCACCUGUGUUCGCGACACGUAUCGCGAGACAACAUGAGCGUCCACAGUCAGCAUAGUCACAAUGCCGGCAUGAUGGACUGUGGACUGCAGGUCACGGAAGACGACAUCGCUAGGACUAUGGGAGGGGAGCAUCCUCUGAGUGCGCUGAGUCACGGAGACGUAUCCGUUGUAUCGAGCUUCAAUGUCGCUGGAGAUGCCUUCAGCGAUUGCGUCAUCGGUGAUAGCAUGCGAAACCAAUUCGACCAACUUGCCCGAUUGCGAGAAAUCUUCACCUCUCAGCUAGCAAUGGCCGAGGUGACUCCAGCCUUCCGUCUAGGUGACACCGGUAGUGUCUACAGUGAACCUGCCUAUCGCUUCAACACUGGAGCCGCCAGCGUUUGCAGCGAACCAGCGUACCGUCCACCGAGUCCUCGCUGCCGUGACUGCCGACAAUCGCUUUCCCUCUCCCGAACUCCCAGUCAGUGUUCUCUACCUAGCCUAACAGGAAUCGUUGCGAUAGCCGGAAUGGAACAGUAUGCUUCCCUUCGACAUCCCGACGGUGCUUCGGAUCCCAAUCUGCCAAAACUAGGAGAAAACAACGAAGAACCUCUGGACCCCGAGGAACACAUCCGAGAGAACCCUCUAGCAGACCUCGACGAACAGGAAGCUCUCAAAGAAAGUACCUCUCUCCUGCCCCAGCAAACCCUUCCAACCCUUCCACUGCUCCCACUUUCCACACCGGAAGCCUACGACAGCGGCCACGACUCCACCCCACGAACUUCCAAACAUUCCGGCAUUUCUCGACGGGCGGAAAGUGGCUACCACAGUGUUGGGACCGUUCGUGACAGCGACGGAAGCAGCUUCGGGUCGGCUGCAUCCCGUGCCAAUCAGAAAUCCAAGAAACGAAACCGCCACGACAAAUCUCUCUGCCACUGGCUGCGGAAUCCCUUCAACUGUACCUAUCCGGACACGGAGGGCGACGUGAGUGACUUCUAGGGGUUGCCGUCGGACGAGGUGAACGAUUGUAGCUAAGUAGCUUAAUUCGGUUAUAUGUGUAUGUGUAGCAUUCUUUGAGUUUCGCGUUGUCUGUUGAGAAAUCAGGAUAGUUUGCUUGGUGUGCGUCCCCCUCCCGGGAGGUGGGGUUAAUGUUUGCAAGACAAUAAACGAAAUCGCAGCUUUCUCCGUUUUUCCGCGAUCGCCAGCCCUCUGUCCGGACGAAGAAUUUUCGAAGAACCAUCGACUAUAAGACUAAAACUAUUUUAUAACCGUAAGAAGCUGCUGUAAGAGAAUGCCGAACGCAAGUGAUUGUUGUUUAAGUUUCGAAGGAAAUCAGUGGUGCAUUUCGGGACUAAGAAGCUAUUUGUACAGUAAACAAUUUUAUAGACUAUAUUAUACUUAUAACGGUAUAGGGAUAGAAUUAUACACAACCCGAUUAGAGAACUAUGAAGCCUACGCAUCUAAUACAUACUGAAGUCAUCGUUGCUCCGUAAUGUUUAUCGACAGCCUGUCUUUAACCGUGUAUGUGUGCUGCUCUGCUGCGCUAUUCUCAUGUUACCUUGAUACCAAUUUCGGAUAAAUGCUUGACCGGACCUGUUGAAGUAAUUUCGUAUUUGUUUGUAAAAAUUUUUUUUUUUCAGCUCGAUCCACGUUAUUUUGUAAAGCAUCCACUCUUAUAAAUAGGUUUUACCUCUGCCACCUGAAUGCGGGUAGUGCGAUAGCCAGCUUAUGUGUUGUUAUGCCUUGUUCGACUUGUAAAAGACAUUUUAUUUCAACCAUGAAUUAAAUUAUCGAUCAUGAUCGCGAUCUUGGAAUGUUUUCUCACACGCAAUAGGCGUCGACCACAAAUUGCAUAACGCUCUAGAAGAAUGGAGGAUAUAUGGCCGGGCGUUACGGCCCAUAUAAAAAUUAUCGGGUUUUUAUACAAAAAAGACUUUACGGAAAGGGGUCGAAAAACGUUGAUUAUAGCAUUGCAUUUAGUGCUGCCUUAUCAGGGACAAAGUAACUCCACAGGACGGGGAAGUUGAUGGGUCAGCAUCAUUGAUUGAAAAGGUGAGCGAGUCAAAUAAGAUGUUUGAGCAUUGGUUUCUUUUUAGACAAAUUUUAACCCUGUGUACUGGGAUCUUAAGUUUACUAGUUUAUGUUCAUUCCAAAAACGAUUUUUCGGUAGAAAGCUCGAAGUUACUUACCUUACCAGUCAGGCUAAGGCCGGGGUGGCCUCUGCUGUACAUAGUAGCCGCCUCCAUUCCACUCGGUCCAUGGCUGUUUGUCUCCAGUUCCGCACUCUGUGUAGGGUCCGCAGAUCGUCCUCCACUUGGUCGACCCACCUAGCUCGCUGCGCUCCACGUCUUCUUGCACCGGUCGGAUGACUCUCGAGAACGAUUUUAGUCGGGUUGCUAUCCGACAUCCUGAUGACGUGACCCGCCCACCGUAGCCUCCCGAUUUUCGCGGUGUGGACGAUGGUUGGUCCUCUUAGCAGGUAAUGGAGCUCGUGGUUCAUUCGCCUUCUCCAAGUCCCGUCUUCCAUUUGCACUCCGCCGUAGAUGGUACGCAACACCUUCCGUUCGAAAACUCCAAGGGCGCGUUGGUCCUCUGCACGUAGGGUCCAUGUUUCGUGCCCAUAGAGGACGACCGGUGUUAUAUAUUACAUCAGAGCGCCCCUCGUUAUAUAACACUAUUUGUCAUACCUUUGUAUAACACUACCAACACAGAUCCGCUGCUAUCUGCAAAGGCCUCCCGCGAGCUCGGAUUUGUCAAGUUUUGCCGGGCUGUGUCGUUCGUCGAACCAUCAGCGAAGUCUCCAGAUAAGCUGUUCAACAUCUACAGGAUCAAGGCCCAGGAAAUAAUCGAUGAACAUCAGGAGCUCUUCACAGGAUACGGAAUGCUUCCUGGUGUAGUAUCUCUGGAAGUGGAUACAUCGAUUCAUCCGUCAAUCCAGCCUCCGCGUCGGGUUCCCAUUGCGGUACGAGAGAAGUUGAAACGAGAACUGGAAUCCCUUGAGCGCGACGGUAUCAUCGUCAAGGAGACCCGCCAUACAGUCUGGGUAAGUAACCUAGUUAUUCAGGCUUAUUCUGAGCGGCGUGUGAGGUGAGACGAGUCGAAUGAGGUGACAAAAGUCGACUCGAUCCCAUUUGAUUUGUAUUAGUCGUCU